GCCGCAGUAGUUGAGAGACUCUCGGGAAGUUAACACCUUAUCCUAAUUCGCACAGAAAUGUUGCUGAAACGUGCUAUAGUCGCAGCACUGAUGCUCCUGCUCAUAGUUUUCGAGACCGAAGCGCGGCGAGGACGAACACGCUCGAGGACUAAAUCCAAGGUACAAAUCGGUUUACCGAUCACUGGAAAAUACAGAGAUCCCGAAUCUGACCGGUACUACAAUAGCAACGAUGGCGCAAAAAUUCUUCUGGCCUCGCACUUUGACCUUGAGUAUGUUCUGGGUCAUAAAAUAGCCUUCCUCUGCACUGCGAAAGGAACGCCGCGUCCGCACAUCACUUGGUUCAAAGAUGGCGUCGAAAUAUUUGCUCAUCACUACUUGCACAUUCAUGAAUGGUUGAUAGACGAUGAUCGGGUGAAAUCUAAAAUUGAGAUCGAUCCCGCUACACAGAUGGACGCCGGCGUGUACGAGUGCACAGCAGACAACAUGUACGCAAUAGACAGGCGUUCUUUCAAAACAGACUUCUCCAUUGCAUUUGAUUGAAUCUACAUUCUUUGAGACCGUAAAAUAAAUAUAAAACUGACUUAUUCUGAAUA